GUCUGCCUCUGCACACUGACAGUAACAUAAUUCAAAGAUAUUUUAAUCACACAAGCUAAAAUACCUCUAAGCAAUUGACUAUAAGAGAGAUUGUGAUGUCAUAAAACGUACUAGCCAAUCAGGUUACAGUAUGCAAAUACUGGGCCUUACUGCACAACAGUAUCUCUUUGAGUAAACAUGCUGUAAAUAGCAGAUCAUCCCAGAGUCUUAAACAUCCACAGUUAUGUUGAUUUCACCUGUCUAAAGUGCACCAUGUCUAAAGCACAAGGUCUGCUAUGUAGUUUAAGAGGUGGGAAGAAAGAUUGCAAGAUUUGCUGAACUACAAACUAAUGGGAAAUGACUGGAGCAGCGGAGGCCACCUUUCAUCCUAUGAUUAUAAUCUGGACAAACGAGGAACCCUGCAGUGUCGCUACAGUGCAGUGUGUUCCAUCACGAGGCUCAGCGAGUAUUCCUGGGGAAAAAAAAUAAAGAAAAUCCUGAAAGCUUCACAUGUCAUUCAGUAUAAUUUAGUCCUGUUUAUGAUGCAGUCAUUAAGGAUUUAUGUGGGUUCUUGCACAUUAGCUUCUUAUGACACGAGUUUAAACCGUUUCCCAUGAAGGGUCGAACCGUAUCUCUGUAAACUGUAUGAUGACUGUGCAUGUUGUUCAUCUCUAAUCCUCUCCACAUACGUGAGCUGCUUCCUCACCGCUCCAUCGCUUGCAAUUUAUCAGCCCAGACAUUCAUAAAGGAAUCGGUUUGUUUUCAAUGACUCGUUUAAGUCUUUCUUUUCAUUUGAGUUACUUUAGUUGAGUCACAAAAACCCAUCCUUGGGUUGUAAGUAGUUUAAAUCUCACUCAUUUAUUGGUGACUUCCUUUUAAACUGUAACUGUAACUACUCCAUGUUUUGUUUUGUUUUUUCCUCAAAGAAUUGAUUCAGUGAAAUGACUUGUAACAAGUGUCUCAGCGGAGAGAAAGAAUCGGUGCUCUGAGCAGUGGGACUCCACGUUAAUGAGUUCUGUCCUGCUCAUAAUUAAGAUUUGUCCCAGAGCUCCUGGAGCUCCAAUCAGCAAAACUCUCUUAUUGUCUGAGGUCGGGGCUGGAAAAUUAAAAUACAGACAACAUGAUUUUGGUUGCCUUCUUUUCUUGUUUCCUUCUGUUUUAGAAUUUUGUGAUAAAUCAGACAGACAGAAGUCUGUAAGGAAACCCUUAAAAACUGAUGUAGAACCGUAUUGAAUAGCACUUUCAGUUCAGCUCGGGGCCCUAGCAAAACCUCAGCAGGACGGCGUGAACCCAGAAAUGACGGUAACGUAUACGGCACGUGUGGCGAACGCUCGCUUCUGUGGCUUCUCCAAGCUGCUUCUGGCCUGGAAGGGGAGCAUCUAUAAAGUUCUCUACAAGGAGUUUCUCGCUUUUUUUGCCAUGUACACCACCAUCAGCAUUACGUACAGAUUUAUUCUUGCAGACGAGCAGAAGAGACACUUCGAAAAGCUUUCAAUUUACUGCAACCAUUACUCCAGUCUCAUCCCAAUGUCAUUCGUCUUGGGUUUCUAUGUGACCGUGAUUGUGAACCGCUGGUGGAGUCAGUACACGUCCAUCCCACUGCCGGACCGGGUGAUGUGUGUGCUCUCGGGCGGUGUCCAGGGCGGAGACGAACACGGAAGGCUGCUGCGGCGUACGCUCAUGCGCUACACCAGUCUGUCUGCUCUGCUCAUCCUGCGCUCCGUCAGCACUGCUGUCUUCAAGCGCUUUCCCACCGUGGAUCACGUAGUGGAGGCGGGAUUUAUGACACGGGAGGAGAGGAAGAAGUUUGAGAGUCUGCGUUCUCCCUAUAAUAAAUACUGGAUCCCUUGCGUGUGGUUUGUUAAUCUGGCCGCCGUUGCUCGAUCUGAAGGCAGAAUCAAAGACAAUAACACGUACAAACUGCUGAUGGAGGAGCUGAAUCAGUUCAGAGAGAAAUGCAGUAUGCUCUUCCACUAUGACAUGAUCAGCGUGCCUCUUGUUUACACACAGGUGGUGACAUUAGCGGUUUACAGCUUUUUCCUGGUGUGUCUGAUUGGGCGUCAGUUUCUGGACACGAGUCAGGGCUACCCGGGUCACGACCUGGACCUCUAUGUCCCCAUCUUCACCCUGCUUCAGUUCUUCUUCUAUGCUGGCUGGCUGAAGGUUGCAGAAGAGCUGAUCAACCCGUUUGGUGAGGAUGAUGAUGAUUUCGAAACCAACUGGCUCAUAGACAGAAACUUCCAGGUAUCGAUGAUGGCCGUAGAUGAAAUGUACGGUGAUCUGCCCAAAAUGGAGAGGGAUCGCUACUGGAACGACUCGAACCCUCGGCCACCUUACACCGCCGCCACGCUGUUCGUCCUCCGCAAGCCCUCCUUCCAGGGCUCCACCUUUGACAUGGCAAUUCCUAAGGAAGAGAUGCACUUCCAGCCGCUGGAAGAAAUCAAUGAAAACAUGGAAGAAUCCGCCACUUGCAAUCAAAACCUCGCUCUGUUCAGCCGGCUCCUUGGCUCCACCCCUUCUCCCCCAAACAUUGUAGGCGGAGCCUUCAGCAGAACCUCUGCUCAGCUACAGCAGUUGAUGCACUCGGUCAACCCUGACUUCUCCUACUCUGACGGGGAGGAGGGGGAGGGGGGGAAUUACGUCGGGAGGAACAAAGGUGCAGGAGGAUCUCUGCCGUCAGGUUUAGGACACGACACCCAGAGCACCAUCUGCAGCUGUGGAGGAACCUCCAAUACACAUCCUUCAAGCCAAGUGAUAAACAGAGGACAUGAGGAAGAUGGGUUGAAGAAAGAUGAGAAUGAGAAUGACUUGAAAACACAGAUUUUCCCAAUAUUAACACGAGUGCCUAAGCAGAAAAUGAGGCCAAAGCUUUCUCCGUCCACCAACACCAACCGCUCCACACCAGACCUCUUCUCCUUCCAGCCAAUCAGAGAUCAGGCCAAGCUCAUGAACCCACCAUCAUCCAACAGAGUUGCAUUGUCUGGUAUGAAGCUCCUGAAUGUUCCACCAUUUCCUGAAGCACCACGCUGGUCAUCUGAGGAACACAAACCUUUGCAGCGCAGCAUCAGCAUGGGCUCAGACGUCUACUGUUUGUCCAGCAGGGGUGAGGAAUGACAGCUCGACCUUUUACUUCAUGUCUUUCACAAGAUUGCUACAGGUUAAUGGUUCAUUUCAUCCAGAUCAAAAAUAUCAUUAGGAAUUGGAUUCGUAAGAUAACAACAAAACAACAAAGUCAUAGCAAAUGAUAAAGAUUUUAGAUUUAGUAAAAAAUAAUAAUAAACAGAAAACGUUUUCAAUGUUAUGUUUGUAUGUAGUCACCCAAUACUCUGAUCUUCUUUCUAUAUAAAAGAAUAAAUAACCGAUUUGACAAAAUAUCACAAUAUAUAUAAAAAAUUUCACAUCCUCCAUCCUCCACAAACACACACACACACACCAGUGUACUGAGUAAUACCGCACACUACAAGUGAUUUUGUGAUUGUGUAUGAUUCAUGGGAAGUGUCUAAAAUGACUCCUCAUUGCUUUCUAAAACUACUUUUAAAAUGAAUCAAUUAAC